AUGAAAUAAUUAAAUAUUAAUAAAUAAAAACUAGAACCAUUAAAUUUACCAGUUUAUCAUUAGUAACAACAUCAAUAUUCACUUUAAAUAAGAAAACCAACAUAUAGUUUGCAUGAACAAACAACUUCAAGAUAGAGUCACUAAAGAAAAAAGUAGAAAUAAGUAAAUGUUACUUAAAAUUCACCUCCCAAAUAUUAAGAUUAACAAAUUUUGGUUGAUAAAUUUGGAUUAAAUGAAAGAUUUCAAUACACUCUUAGAAUAUCAGUUAGAACCAAAUAAGGAAUGAUUAUAGGAAAUCCAACAAAAUAAAAUUAAGAUUCAUAUAUCCUUUUAUCAAAUAUCUCCAACAAAACUUAUAUGCAUUAUUUCUUAGUAUUUGAUGGACAUGGAGUUAAUGGACAUCAUGUAUCUAAUUUCCUCAAAUAAUAAUUUCAACUUUAUACUACUCAAUUUUCAUAAUUAUUAGAAAAUAAGUAUAUAGAUAAUAUUUAUUAGUCCAUAAUUUGCUAUAUAAACUAUCUUCACUCAUGUUUCUUAGGCCUUAAAUCAAUCAGGUAUUGACUUGAAGUAUUCUGGAUCUACAGUAAUAGGACUUUUUAUGCUACACAACAAAGUAUAUGCUCUAAAUAAACCCAGAUUUAUUGUUCAAAUUUGGGAGAUUCAAGAGCAAUCAUGUUAAGUCGCCAUAAUAGAUGGAUACUCAAAUACUUAUCUAGAGAUCAUAAACCUUAAUGUGCUGAUGAGGCCUAAAGAAUUAUAAAUUAUGGUGGCAGGAUUGAUUCUUAUAGAGAUUCAUAAGGUCUAUCAUAUGGUCCAUUGAGAGUUUGGAGUAAUGCCAAUGUUCCUGGUUUAGCCAUGACUAGAUCUAUGGGUGAUUAAGUAGCAAAGAAAGUUGGGGUGAUUGAUAAGCCAGAAAUAUUUAAUUUUACUAUGGAUAUUAUGGAUAGAGCUUUGUUAAUUGGAUCAGAUGGACUUUUUGAGUUUUUAACUUAAUAAGAUAUAUUUGAUGCUAUCACUCCAUACUUAAAUAAUAUUGAGAUGGCUUGUAAUCAUUUAUUAGAGAUGGCUCAUAUAAGUUGGUUAUAAAGAGGGUCUAAAAUGAUAGAUGAUAUAACAUUUAUUUUAAUUUUUUUGUAAUAUUGA